AUGACAAAGAAAAGAAGGAACAACCGUCAUGCCAAAAAGGGCCACGGCCACGUGCAGCCUAUUCGCUGCACUAACUGUGCCCAAUGCAUGCCCAAGGACAAGGCCAUGAAGAAAUUCGUCAUUCGAAACAUAGUGGAGGCCGCAGCAGUCAGGGACAUUUCUGAAGCGAGCGUCUUCGAUGCCUAUGUGCUUCCCAAGCUGUAUGUGAACCUACAUUACUGUGUAAGUUGUGCAAUUCACAGCAAAGUAGUCAGGAAUCGAUCUCAUGAAGCCUGCAAGGACCGAACACCCCCACCCCGAUUUAGACCUGCGGGUGCUGCCCCACGUCCGCCACCAAAGCCCAUGUAA